AUGGCCACCACCGACACCACCCAGGUUCGCGGCCACGCCGGACAUUCGCACCACCAUCACCACCACGACAAUGUCUAUCUCACUUCGCAGAACAAGAAGGAUGCUGGUGUUAGGAUCACCAGAAUAGGCCUCUACUCCAAUCUGGCCAUGGCAAUUGCCAAAGGCGCAGGCGGUUAUUACUUCAACUCUCAGUCUAUGAUCGCCGAUGCGUGGCACAGCAUGACCGACCUGGCUUCGGAUAUCCUCACGUUGGCGACAGUCUCGUGGAGCUUGCGGCCCCCGUCAGAAAACUUCCCCACCGGGUUUGGCAAGAUCGAGAGCUUGGGUUCGCUGGGUGUUUCGGGCAUGCUUCUUGGUGGCGGUGUCUUUAUGGGGAUGAGCAGUCUGGAGGCGCUCUAUGCUCAUCUGUACCUCGAUCCAGCCGCUGCUGCGGAAAUGGUCUCGCAUGGACACUCUCACGGCCACAGCCAUGGGCAUGCACACCUGGGACCAAGCAUACAUGCAGCGUGGCUUGCCGCCGGCACGGUUCUGGUCAAGGAGUGGCUUUAUCAUGCGACCAUGAAAGUCGCCCGCGAACGCAAGUCUUCUGUUUUGGCCUCCAACGCUGUUCAUCAUCGCGUGGACAGUCUUACCGGAAUUGUCACGUUGGCAGUGAUCCUCGGCGCAAACUUCAUCAAGGAUGCUUCGUGGUUAGACCCGGUCGGAGGAUUUCUGAUUUCUCUGCUUGUGGUUAAGGCAGGGUGGUCAAACACCACUUCGGCUCUCUACGAGUUGGCAGAUCGCAGUAUUGACGACGAGGUAAAGGAUUCGGUGCGUGACCAGGCGAUGGAGAGCCUGGGCGCUGUGAGCGAAGGGAAUGAGGUCGAGGUCCGGGACGUUUCGGGUGUCAAGUCGGGUCAGAAUUACCUCGUCGACUUGGAAUUGGCUGUGCCGAAGCUGUGGACCGUCGAAGACAUUCGCGAAGUGGAGGAUGCGGUCCGAACUCGCGUCGGUGGCAAGGUCCGCGGCGUGCGGAGGGUUCGCGUUCGCUUCGUCCCCAAAGAGUCCGACUCUGCUCCUAAAUUCGACGAGUUCAUUCCCGGCACUGUCAGCGCAAGAAUGAGCCCCGACACGGAGAAUGGGCACAGUCAUGGUCACAAUCACCGCCACGGCGACCAGAAUCACCCCAAGUCUCAAUAG